AUGGCUAGCUGGUUGUCAUUCUUCGCAGAGUACAACUUCACGGUUGUAAAUAGAUCGGAUAAGCUAAACGUGCUGGCUGACGCAUUGUCACGUCGUUUGGGUUAUGAGCUAGCUUCUCUUAGUAAUAUCGAAAACGAUGUAUUCGAUAUGAUAAGUCGAGCUUAUGCUGAGGAUGAACAGUGUGAUCUGAUCAUCAAGGCCCUCUCAUUGAGUCAUAUGGGACUCCAUGACAAGCUUCCAGGUCGAUUGAAAUCACGGACGUAUCGUUAUGCAUUAAAAGAUGGUCUCUAUCACUAUGAAGUUGUAUAUGGCGACAUUACGCGGAUUGUGGUUCUCAUUAACGAUGAUUUGAAGCACGAGAUCGUGUACAAGGCGCUUGAUACGCCGAUGGCCGGUCACUUUGGCCGUGUCAAGUGUCACUGCAGAGUCUCUUUGUUCCUACUGACCGUUGAAAGUUAG